UUGUAUUAAAACAAUUCAUGUGACAGUGUGUUGCCAGUGUUUUGGUACGUGAGUAAAAUACUUUAAAAAAGGUCCUGUUUUGUUUUCCAUUCUCUCUUUUACUUACAAAACUGAAAGAAGCAUACGUCAGUUAUGGUUUGUUCUGAAGAGUAGUAAACAAAUAGUUUCGUGACUAAGGAAUACGUUUCAUUCAUACUUGGCUACAAUUUUGUGGUUUUCAAAUUGAUAAUUAAUCGCAUCGUCAACAUACCGCGGCAAGGACGUCAAAUUAAGUGUCCCCGGUGACCCACUCUGCGUGUCAAUCAUUUAUCACUGAGUUAUUUUAUUGAGGUGUGUUGGUAAAUACGUCGUUACGCAUACGGAAGUAAAUUAUAAGAUGGCUGACUCCAAGCAAAAUAACACUUCAGUGUCAACUUUUGCCACUUUCUUAUUAGUAGUCUACUUCAUGUCUUCAUCGCAAGUUGAUGCAGAUCUUCUUGUUGAUCCUACGUUGAUUGGGCAAGAGCUGCAGUCUAUUGCGACGAACGCACUCGGUGUGGACGAAAUGCAGAAACAUUUUGAAAGCCUUCAAUACCAUGACCAACUCAUAUCAGGAGAUGACAUCAUUAACUUGGCCGGAAAGCUUCGUAACAGGUUUACGAGAAGGUUUGAUAUUGCAAAACGCCUUCAGAAGGCAGUUGAGGACUCGUACUCCAGGACUAUGAGUACCGCGCCACAAAAAGAAUGCUGCCUAGUCAAUAAAUCGACGCUGACGUACGAUGCACGGUUUCGUUCCAAAGUCGACCUAGACACUAUCUGCCUGAAAAUUUCUGGUCAUGCUCCUGAAAAUCCUGGAUAUUUAGACCACAGAUUUUUCGAGGAAACGAAAGCCAUUUCGGAGGAACAUACUUAUGUCAAGUGGCAGUACUUCGGAUCAGAGGAAGGUGUUAUGACCAACUUUCCAACAUAUGAUGAUUCUGAACCAUGUGACAGAUACGAUCCUCGUUACAGACCUUUUUAUGUGGAAACUGCUACUCCUGAAGCGAAAGAUGUGGUGCUUGUUAUGGAUACAAGCUGGUCUAUGACUGGAGACAAAUUAAGGGUCGCUAAAGAGGCUGCAAUAACAGUUUUAGAUACCAUGAAUCCAAAAGAUCAGGUUGGCAUUGUUUCAUUUGUGGGUGACGUCAAGACGCCACAAGAUGUUGACUGCUACAGUGAGCAGUUAGCUCUUGCAAUUCCUGCAAAUAUAAGACAUUUGAAGGACUUCGUCGAUAAACAACACGCUUCUAAUGGUCAAACAAGAUUCAUACCGGCUUUUGAGAAGGCGUUCCAGUUACUGAAAGGCUCGGUCUCUAAAAACGCAGGGAAAAGCAAAAAACGAGUUAUUUUAUUUCUGACGGACGGGGAUCCCUCGGAUUCCAAGGCGGACUUGUUCAGGAUCAUUAGGGACCGGAACUUGGAGCUCAAUAACUCUGUCAUCAUUCUAACGUACGGAUUUGACAGGGCAUACCAGGAAAUUCUGAUAGAUAUCGCCAACCAAAACACGAUAAAGUAUGGCGUACCAGCAAAUACGUCCGUCGGAGACAUCGCGCGUGGAAGCUACACUUUUGUUGAAGAUAUCAGGACGCUGAGAAGCAAAAUGGCAACGUAUUAUGCUCUAUUUGCGAAGCAGCUUAGUCGUCCAGUGGUUUCUGUACCAUAUGUUGACGCGUUUGGGACCGGGCUUUUAGUGUCUGUAACCCUGCCUUGCUACCAUCAAGGAAGGUUUAUUGGCGUGACUGGGACAGAUAUCAAUAUUGAAGACCUUAUGCCUGACAUUCUUGAGUACGUUAAACAAGGCAGGACCACCUAUGCUUUUAUGAUCAUGACAUCUGGAAGGACCGUAAUCCAUCCACUUCUACCAGCUCCAGCUGACGCCUACGGUUACCCUAUUUAUAUGGACAUAAGGAACCUGGAACGGCCGGAGUCCGAGUUCAAGGCCAUUUUUGACUCGAUGGCAAGAGGUGUGAGUGGAUCCAAAUCAUUCUACGCCGCCCGGUAUCUACCUAAAGGGGGAAACAUAACGGAAGGAGUCACAGAGACGUAUAUUAACUCAACGUAUCAUUGGCGUCCUCUAAAUGGCACGGAUUUUUAUCUUGGAGUAGUCAUACCAAUCUCCAUGAAGAACGAAAUGUUAGACACUUUAAAAAUCCCAGUUGAUUACACCUUUAACUAUCAUCGAAUAGACCUGGCGCCAACUCAGAAGACGUGUUUAAACUUUGGACGACUAGCAACAAAGGAUACCACCGUUGUAAAAUUUGCACCAGACGCCUUCCUGGAUCCUUACGAAUAUUUUGGCACCGAUGAAACGGAAGCGAGUGUAAAGUUACUAACCUACUACAUGAUGGGUCUAGCGGGUAGUGAAGCAUAUUCCAAGCUAAGAGACGGCAUUCGGGACACCGUGAUUGCUACCUGGAGAGCAGAAGAUUUGUGGUUAAAUGCCAAGACAGAGCUGACACAAUACUUGAUCAAAAGAUACAUUGGUACAGCAGAUGGAGUUUUUAGGGAAACUCCAGGUGAUGUGUUGUCCAGAGGUUAUGAUCCCCGAAGACGACCCUGGUAUUACGCUGCAUUACGUCAUUCGGGAUUUCUUACUCUUACAACACCAUAUUUGGACGCUACUGGAGCUGGAGUGGUGAUAACCGCAGCCCGCGCUUUGUAUCGCGGAGAGUCAAGUCGCAUUCAUCAAACAAGUGAUGAGGUGUUGGGGGUCAUGGGAGCCGAUUUUCCGCUGACCUAUUUUUACAGGUUAAUAGCAAAGAACUACCCAAAGUGUGAGGAUAUACAAGCCUAUUCGUGCUUCGUUAUGGACAGCGCUGGUUUCCUUGUCAUGCACCAGAGCUUUAUGGACCCUUCAGCUUCGAGACAAGCGAUAGAGCGCGUGCAUAUCGCCGAGAAAGAGGAGCAUAUAGCAGAAGACAUGAUUAACAAGGGUUAUCUGGUUAAAAAGGAAUGCCGAAACCUAGAAGACAUAGAAGAGCAUACAUUUUAUGAAGUCAAUUUACCUCAAUCUGGUGAAGUGGAUGCAACAGAUAAUGCUGGAAGUUGUACUAAAUACCAAAUUGGAAAAAUUGAAGGGACAAACAUGUAUUUAGGAAUUUCUUUGAGAGAUCCAGGUUGUUCUCGAGGCUGUACUUGUUCUUCAAAUGAACCGUGUAAAUUCUUAUCUUGCAAAUGCCCUUGUAUCUCUUCACUGGAUUUUCAUUACUGUCGCGGAGAGUUCCCCAAUAGCAGCCUUCCUGUUUGCCCAGCGCUGGCCCCUGACCAGUCGGAAGUUCUUUCUCCAAAGAAAGAAUGCCCUAGGUUGGAAAAAUGCUUUGAUCCUCACUGCAAAGAGAAAAGCGGUCAGCACACCUGCGAUGGGAUUGUUAGUUGCUAUUGGUGCGAGAGGGAUAAAGAUGAUGUCAUAUUACCUAAGCCGUACUGUGAUAGUUACGAACAGUGCUUCAGAGGGAAAGAGACUCCGGCCAUUAAGGACGAUGAACCAAAUUGUGGCCAAGCAGAGACGUCAAGUCCAGAUGGUGGUGAUAAUGGCGGUUUGUCUCCUGGUGUCAUUUUAGGAAUUUGUACAGGGUGUAUAAUCAUCGUGGCGGUGGUAGUGGCUGCACUAUAUUGGGGUAAACGUCAUUACCGACCAAUGGGUGAUAUGCCGAAUAAUCAUGAGCCGGACCAUCCCAUGUCAAUUGAUAACCCCAUUGGUCCUGUAUACGCAGCUAUCAAUGACACCCAGAGAGAAUCUGGAUCACAACCUUCCACAAAUGGAGACCUAAACAUCAUAAGUAAGCAACCUGAAUCUCAUGACCAGCUACCAAGCAUUCCCUUGAAAAGAAAGGUCAGUGGUAACCAGCCCCCUCCCAUUCCGGCAACACGGAGGCCUUCUGGAGCCGUAGAAACACUGGCUAUGGGAAUUUUGCAGUUGAGCGAUCAAGAACAUCCCAGAAAGGCAUCCAUUGACGUUGGAAGAGUAAACGCUCAUCGAGCUAGGAGACCUUCUGAACUUGGCGACCCAUCUACCCCUAUUCCUGAGGAAAACACGCUUCAGGUGACAUACCCGCCGACCAGUUGGGGAAACAGCAAGAGAGUCUAUGGUAAUAUGCAGUGUUCUGACAUGACAAACAUAUCAAACCAUCUUCCUGAAAGGGAUAUGCCUCAGACAACAAACCCGGCGACUAUUUCGGAACAGGGAGAAAGACUAUAUGGCAAUGUAACGCCAAAGGUUGCUAAAAUACCAGUGGAAUCACAUGAUGAAGGGGCUGGUGAUAUCACUGACGAUAAUGUAUACUUGGAAUUCGGUAAUACCGGGGAGGCUCCUGUAGAAACACAACAAACUUAAUAAACAACUGAAAACUAGAACUCAGGUCAAUAUUCCACGCUAUACAUGCUCCUACUAAAUGUACGUACUAAUGUUAGCUGCGGAGGUGCAGUUGUUACAGAGGUAUUCAUUUUAGAGUGUAGUCUGAUUUAUAGAUAUGUCUUGUAGAGACAUAUUCACCAUAGGGACGUAUCUGCCUUAGCAAUAUGUCUGCCAUACGGAUGUCUGCCUUGAGGCAAUUAAUUUAAGUUAGAGUCUUCUUUAGAAGAGGAACUGCUCUAGAUACAUAUCAGCUAAAGGAAGGAGCUUGUAUCUGCUGAAGAGAGAGUUUUUUCUUAAAUUGGAGUUUACCUUAGCGCUAGAGAAGUGCCUUCCUUGGAACAAUUUCCGUCUCAGAGCGAGAUCCCCAUGCAAACAAGUAGGGUUCAGCUUUAGAUGUCUUCCUCAGAUAAAUAUCUUCUUUACAGUGAUUUAUACCUCAGAGCGGAGCUUUCAUGGCAAAUAUGUGCCAGGCUGGGAUAGAUUUCAUCAAAAGAAAGAUAUCUUCCUUACACGUAUUUAUGCUUUAGAGGGGAGUUUGCAGUAUAAAGAUAUUUCCUUACAGAUACGACUUUCAUGGAGAGAUGUCUAACUCAAAGACGUCCCUGCCUUGACCUUGUGUCCCAUAUCCACUGCAGAUACGUCCCUGCCUCAACGAGGGUAUAUGUCAAUCAUGUGUGAUGGAUGCAUUGGGCAAGAGUACUCCAAAGUAAUAACUUAAAAAGGCAUGUCACGCUUAGAUGACGAAGCUGUGACUGUAAGGUUAAAAUAGUCGAACAUAAAAUAAAUAGGGGAGUGUGUAACCGACUUCCUCUGAUAAAUAAGAAAAAAAAGCUGACAGAAUAUUCGAAACGAGUUAUUUAAUGAAAGUAUAGCACACAAAAUGUUACCUUUAGUAAUAACACUAUUUCGAGUGCAAUUUGGACUAAAUAAUGAUCACUACCUAUUACCUAGAUUAAAGAACAACACUGCAAAGGCUCUUCCCUCCAAGUGAAGCAUAGGCCAUCAAAGAUCUCGAUCUCGAUCUCGAUCUCGAUCGACUCUGGGCUGUCCUUUCUACCUCGGCCCAGAUAGUACUACUUCUCUUUAGUUUUGACAAAGGCCAACACUCCCAGUGAUGUUUAAAAAUGAUGUAACUGCCGUAUUACGGUGGCUUUCAAAAUAAUAUUCAAAACAAUGCAGCUCGAAAUAUCCCUAUUGACACUGUCUAAAUAACUGCACAAAGUGUGGUUGUUGCAUGUUUAUGGGGUACUUAAGAGAUAGCCGUCUAUAGCAUCGAGUGCAAUGACAAAUAUUAGUAAAAACUGGAUCAUUGGAUAAUGCAAUUCAGGAGUGUUUAUUGGCUUAGCCAUCAUGGUAUAUUAGCGAUGCUCUACAUAUAUGGUUAGCGCAUUUGGGGGACGUUUUUAAUAAAACAAUUAUUCCACUCGCGCCUAUCAGAUAUGGGAUAAAAAUAGCCAACUCGGCGCUACGUGCCUCGUUGGAUAUCUACCAUCUCAUAUCCAACGCGCGCUCGUGAAAUAAUUGUUAAAAAAAAACUCUGUUUACCUCGUCUGUAUGUAUGAGAGGUGAUGGAGGGGUGGAGGGGUGGGGUAGAGACCCUCGCUAACUUUGAGAAUUUGUUACUUUAAAAGCAAUAAAGCAAUCUGGUAACUUUUCCCACAAGAUAAGUGGAUUU